UGUCCUGCGUCAUGACGCACUGGCGUACAGACGUGAACAGGCACGCACUAUGAUAACCGGAAGCAUCAAUAGAGCGAUUGAGAAACGGCGAAAAAAAUCGUCACCUGUCGAAUGCGUUCAUAUAUCUCUCCUGCACUCCCAUUAAUCUCCAUACCCCACUUCCAUAACACCCAUACCCUUUCGUUAAUUCGCUGUCAAGUCGGUCUGGACGGAUAAAGCAGAGCUGGCAGUGUAAUUCUUUGCGCAAACGGUGCGUUAUAGCCUCGCAGCAGAACAAAUGUAAACAAGCAGCUGAUCAGCUGUGCGGCCGAAGACGCGCAACGAAACGGCGUAAUGACAGCGACCUGCAGGGUUUGACAAACAUAUUCUGCAUCAUAUAAAGCGAAAUUAGAGAUUUAUUUGCAUGCUGUAGAGUUUUUAUUAGACGUUAGGGCAGUACACGAGGACAACUCCCAACCAACCCAUCGCCUUCACCUCCACUGCGGGCAGCAGCAGAUACAGAACAAACGGCUUAUUUAUUUUUUUAUUGAUUAGAAGGGUGAUAAAUAGAUUAUUUGUCUUAACAUCUGCUUGAAGAUUGGAUAACUUCACGCCUAACAGGAAAAGCAACAGGAUUCGAGAAAUAACAAAGGAAAAAUAAGGUUAACAGUCCCUUCUGGGCCCCAAGGAAUAAAUAAAUAUCAGAAACGUAUUAAUAUUUACAUGAAGCUGGAACUUUAAGGCACCCAAACAUCACAUUUCCUGGGGAGCAGCACAGUAAGGCUGAAAGAUCAGGACUGUCAUGGCACACCAGCAGAUGCCGAGCUCUCAGAAGGCUCUGAUGCUGGAACUGAAAUCCCUGCAGGAGGAGCCAGUGGAAGGUUUCCGCAUCACUCUGGUGGAGGAGUCGGACCUCUACAACUGGGAGGUGGCCAUCUUUGGCCCUCCAAACACACUUUAUGAAGGGGGCUACUUUAAGGCCCAUAUAAAAUUUCCUAUUGACUACCCCUACUCUCCUCCGACCUUCCGAUUCCUCACCAAGAUGUGGCAUCCAAACAUCUAUGAGAAUGGCGACGUGUGUAUUUCCAUCCUCCAUCCUCCUGUGGAUGACCCUCAGAGCGGAGAGCUGCCCUCAGAGCGAUGGAACCCCACACAGAAUGUCAGAACAAUCCUGCUGAGUGUGAUCUCACUGCUGAAUGAACCCAACACCUUUUCUCCUGCAAAUGUGGAUGCCUCGGUCAUGUUUCGCAAGUGGAGGGACAGCAAAGGCAAGGACAAGGAAUACGCAGAGAUUAUAAGGUACGACCACUUCAUCAUUUAA